AUUCCACGAUUUGGGAAGCCUCUCUUCGGUUCUGGUCUCCUUCUUCGUCCAAUCCUCAGGUAUUUCUUUCUCCAUUCUCCAUCUCUGACUCUUCCCUGCUUCCAAUUCCAACCUUUUUCAAACAAAAAUUAUGCAUUUGCUUCAAUUUUCAGUCAAUUUUGGCAGGAAAAUUUACAAACCAGACAUCAUUAUUAUAGAUAUAGAUAGAUAAAUAGAUGUCAGUUGAGAGAGACAAGUCGGUGGAAGAAUCAAAGCAAAACCAAGACACAUGGCUAAGUACGGAAGAGAGACAACCAAUAACUGGUGACAUUGGUAAUAACAUUUCCUUGAUGUCUGAACCGGUUGUGAUCCCCGAUGAAAAUCGACUCGAACGGACUCAAAAUAAGUGUUCAAGCAGAUCGUCUGAUGAUCAUUUGAGCCUCGUGGAGCGAUCCCUUUCUGCUGCUGGUGCUGCUUUUCUCUCAGCAGUACUUGUGAACCCUCUAGAUGUUGUGAAGACAAGACUACAAGCACAAGCAGCAGGUGAUCUCUAUUCACACCCUUUAAGCAACAUGACAAGUCGCAUGGCAUAUUUUGGGCCAAACAUGAUGUUUGCUGAUCUAAGGUGUUCACCUUCAUGUACUCGUGCUGGUGUUCAUGGAACAGUUUCGAUUUGUCCACCUGAUUGUUUCCAGUACAAAGGAACUCUUGAUGUGUUCUACAAAAUAAUUCGACAGGAAGGUAUUUCUAGGCUUUGGCGAGGGACGAUUGCUGGUCUUGCACUCGCAGUACCAACAGUCGGGAUCUACUUGCCAUGCUAUGACAUUUUUCGCAACAAGUUAGAGGAAUACACUUUCAAAAAUGCACCAAGCUUGAUGCCAUACGCUCCAUUGCUAGCUGGUUCAUUAGCCCGUUCUUUAGCUUGCACAAGUUGCUACCCUAUUGAACUUGCCAAAACACGCAUGCAGGCUUUCAAGGAAAUGCACAAGGGUAAAAAGCCUCCUGGAGUCGUGAAGACUUUAUUUGAGGCCGUCUCUAGUGUUAAGACCACUGCUAAUGCUAGUAACAGCAUUCAAAGCUAUCGCGUACUUUGGACAGGCCUAGGGGCACAACUUGCCCGCGAUGUUCCAUUUUCUGCAAUAUGUUGGUCGACUCUAGAGCCGACAAGAAGAUGGCUUCUUGGUUUGAUGGGUGAUGACAAAAAUGCUGUUGGCAUCCUUGGAGCAAAUUUCUCUGCUGGUUUUGUGGCAGGAAGCCUUGCUGCUGCUGCGACCUGUCCACUUGACGUGGCGAAAACCCGAAGGCAGAUUGAGAAGGACCCCAUCAGAGCACUGACUAUGACGACAAGAAAGACAUUAAUGGAGGUUUGGAGAGAUGGGGGCAUGAAGGGGCUGUUCACAGGCGUUGGGCCCCGCGUUGGCCGGGCUGGCCCAUCUGUUGGUAUAGUGGUGUCGUUCUAUGAAGUUGUAAAAUACGUCUUUCAUCACCAGUACGCGAUGCCAUAAGAUGAUGUACAAAACAAAGGCACUAUGAGAAUCGGAUCGAUAUAUUUUGGCAUAUACUGACGAAUAAAACUCGGCCUCUUGGUAAAGAUCAUGAGUGAUCAUCACCACUUGUUAGGAAAUGAAAUAACAUAUGUCUUCUCACUUUUUUUUACCUGAACAAUUCGGUUUGUUUAGUGUCUAUGGUGAAGAAGAAGAAGAGAUUUUGGAAAAUUUUGUCAAUAUAUAUUUAGUAAUUGACUGUAGUGGAAAACUUUGUCUAAUACUCCAAACUACAGACUCUAGUUGUCCAUUAGAGUGGGUUUCAUGCAAAGAAACACUAAAAGUCAGA